UAUGAGCAGACAUGCCACGCGUACGGUGGUCUUUGCCAUUGUUGCAACCCUAGCACUUGUCGGCGUGAUUGGAUCGGCAUACGCAACUGGAAUGAGCAUCGAGGCAGAUACCGAAAAUGCCGAUAGGAUAGUUCUGGCAGGAGAGACGACGCGAACCGAGGACAUCGCGAUAAAGAUAGAGACGCUGAACAACACACUUGUUGAUAUCAAGCAGGUAGUGCCCAACGAAGACGGCACAUUUGAGACCACGUUUGUCAUCGGGGACAGCUGGAAGAACGGCAUCUACUUCAUUACCGCCCAGCAGGGCGACGUGCGGCAGUCCAUCUACCGGUUGAACCUGAUCUUUGAGAUCGCGGACGGCCAGGUAAUAAAUGAGAUACGCCGAGAGCAAUCAUCCAUGACAGGGCCCAGCACCAUCACCAUAGAGCAGCCCAUACGUGAAAAUAGCAUGAUGAUCACGGCUAGCGCUACAAGCGGCGACGCCGAGUUUACGUUUGAGGAUGACAGAUACAUGUCUAUCGUUCCCGCAGACGGCGCAUGGGAAGAGAUUACCACAAUCAUAGUCACUGGGGAGACAACCAUGUCGAAUGACGUAGUGCUGACUGUAAGGCAGGAGGACGGAAACAUAGUAUCAGUUGCCCAAGUGUCACCGGAUGAGGAAGGCAUGUUCGAGACUGCAUUUCAUACAAACAGCGAAUUGUGGAAGCAGGACGGAGCCUAUACGAUAACGGCAACCCAGGACGAUCUUGUAGACUUUGUGGUAGUGUAUAUCGCCGACGGUGCAGUGGUGCCCGAGUUCGGAGCGACCGCAGCACUGAUUCUAGCAGCUGCCAUCACAUCCAUACUGGUCGUAUCGACCAGAUUCAGACCCAUGCUGUGGCGC